CUUGUAUUAAAAUGUUCAGAGCCUUGAACCGUUUUGCUAUUGAAAGGCCAGUCAUCUUUUGGUCAUGCGUUCUUGGUGGCAUUGGCCCUGUCAUGGUAUUGACCGUACCCAAGAUCAGACGUGAAUACUUUGGUUUCAAGGGCUAUGAACCACUUCCUAUUACAUAUCCUCUCCCCAAUCGUUCUCGUAACCCUCCUUCCGGAUAUGAAGACAGUGCAUAAUUGGAUAGUUGAUAUAAACAUACGCACACCACACACAACACAACACACAUUUAUACAAGAAUAUAUACAAUCAAAUGUACACAUAUACAGCGAAAUAAAAUAAAAAAUAUCAAACGAAGUAUUGUUUAUUGAUACAUGGU